AUGUGGAGGGAAACCAAGGGAAACAAACUUUUAUUGUCAUCAUCGAAAUCCUUGCAGAAGAGCUCCCGAUUGCGGUAAAUUAUCAAAAUGCAGAACGGAGACGGUACGCCAAACGCCGCGGAUAACACCAAGAAACCGGUGCCGGAGGAGAUAACGAAGCAUUCGUUCCGACUGAAAGUAUGGCGUCAUCUGGAGACCAAUGGCCUGGCCAUGUUCCCGAGGCCAGUUUACAACAGGAUCCCAAACUUCAAGGGGGCCCCGGAGGCCGCUGCGAAGUUGGCAGAGCUGGAUGUCUUCAAGAAUGCUAGCACCGUGAAAGUCAACCCUGAUAAGCCGCAGGAGGCUGUAAGGGUCCUCUGCCUGGAGCAACACAAGACCCUGUACGUGCCGGUGCCUCGUCUGCAGAAAGGGUUCCUAAACCGGCUGGAACUGCCCGAAGGAGAGACUGGCCCCGCAGCCAUCAGGAAGGCUGUCUCGCGCAACGGAAUGGAGUCCUAUGGAAAACCUAUUGGCAUAGAAGAUUCCGUUUCGCUGGACUUGGUCGUGAUGGGAUCAGUCGCCGUCUCCAAGGAAGGAUACCGCAUCGGCAAGGGAAGAGGCUACGGAGACCUGGAGUUCGGUCUGAUGAUGCACAUGAAAGCUAUCAAGCCAAACACAUUGGUCGCCACUACUGUGCACGAUUGCCAGGUGUUCGAUACACUGCCGGCCGAGCUAUUCGGGCCACAUGAUGUCCCCAUUGACAUCAUUAUCACGCCAACACAGGUGAUACAAACUCAACGCAUGAGCCAGCGACCGGCAGGCAUUCUGUGGCAUCUGCUGUCCAACCGCCGUAUUGAGCUCAUGCCGAUACUGGGACAGCUCAGAGAGAUCGAGAUGCUUGCGGGGCGGGCGUGCACGCUGAAGGAGGUGGACACGGACGUGGAGGAGCGCGCGGCGCAGCGCCCGCGCCGGCUGCGGCGCCGCACGCGCUCGCACAAGAGCCACAGCGAGGGAGAGGGCAACACGACAGAGGGCGAGGAAGGCAAGGGCGGCGGCAAGGCUCGGCGCUCGGCGCGGCGACGCAACAGCCACAAGUCCGCCAGCAAGGACAACGACAAGCCGCGCCGCCCCAAGCGCCAGCGACCCGACAUCGACUUUUCCGUCAAGAUAUCCAACAUCAGUCCGAAUACGAGAGUGCGCGACCUGAAACAGGCGCUGUCUGAACGCGGAGUCAAGCCACAGAUCAUGGUCUGGAAGGGAUUCCGUGGCUUCUGUUACUUACAUUUCUUCAAGCCAAGUCCGCAAAAGGGUGAAGGCGACAGCGGGUCUGGCGUGAGCAUGGAGAGCGUGCUGGCGGCGCUGGCGCAGAUGUCGCUGGGCGGCAGCGGCGCGGCGCCGGGCGAGCCGCCGCGCGACGACAAGCCGCGCCUGCUGUGCGUCGAGCCCGCGCCGCCCCGCCACCAGCCCAUCGCUGCAGAGGUUCAGUGACUUCUCAACAGUAAUGGACUCCCAAGAUCAUCCCUCGAUAUUUUGUUAACAACCUUAUAAUUAUUUCUAAAAAAACACGCAUAUAUCGUUGAUCGCUUGGUUGCACACGGACUGACGGGUCCCCUGUCGCAUUCCGACACUAAUUUGUUUAACAUUAAGGUACAUUUUUCUUUGUGCCGGCCCCAGAAUUAACGCCACUGCAUACUGCACACAUUUUUCGUAUGGUCGCAUCCAUCUAUGGAAUGUUUCGCCUAGUCUUCUUGGAGUGUAUACUUUGUUUUCAAGUGCUACGAAACGUUAUACAUGUCGCUUGGUUGGUACGAAGCACAUGUUAGUAGUAUUUUCACUUUAUUAGUUGUAAUGAUGCGGUAUGCGGCGAGCUGUAACCGAAGUAGAAGCGAGAAGGUUCGAUUUUAGUUUUGUCGGUAGUUCGAACGUGUGUUCGCUCGAUGGUUUUUUUGUUCUUGUUUAUACGGGCCGGCCACUAGAGUGAGCUAUAUUUAUACACUUAAACGAAAUUAUAUCUUUAUGAAUGUUUUAGUUGUCUCUAGUCUAAAGUUAGCAUGUAAUUGAACGUUGAUUCUGUAAAGGAGUUUAUGGUUCCACGUUUUUUGUCAAUGCAGAUACGUUUAAGCAUUCUUCCAUAAUUAUAUUACGAAAAGAAGCUAUAUUUUUAGUAAAUAGUAUAGAAUGAACUAAAACUAAAAAAGAUUAUAUUUACUAUUUUAAGGUGCUUGUAAGAACGGAGUCCCGAACUUUGUUUAGAAAUUAGUUUGGAAGGAUUUGAUUAGUGUUAAGAGUAUUUAUUUUGUUACGAAUUUUGGGGCUCUGUUUUUUUAUCUAGUUGUAUAUUUGUGCCAACUUUGUUUUGAUUGAAUCCACUUGUUAUCAAAAUAUCUCGUAAUUACGAUCUGUAGGCUGUAUAUGGCAGCAUUUUACUAAAACAUUUGUCUUUAAAUAAAUUAAUAUAUUUACAUGUAACAUAUCGAGUGAACGUAAGUUGGUAUAAAUAUUUUGAACUCUCUGUGGAUGUCAAAGGUUACUUUUUCAGUAUUAGGUUAUCUGUAAUUUAAGACUUGAAAAGUAAUAUAUUAUUGACAAAAGAUAUAUUUAAAAGUUUAUAUUUCUACUAGUUAGCGAAUUUUAGAUAUUCGCGCCGCAUUGGUCUCUCUUAGCAUAAAAGAAAUGUAUUUUAUAUAGAAAGAGGAAUUUUAUUAAUGUAUUUUUCGAAAUUUUUAGUUAUAUCGGGUUGCAUAAUAUUAUAAUAUAAAAGGCUUUGUCGUUUACAUUUACAAGCAUUUCUCGUAACUGACGUUUGUACACUUGCGCACAGAAGUGUGAUCGUGUCCUUACGUUGUUGUUAUUCCUCACUUUGCAAAGUAUAAGCACUAUAUAAAAUAUAUACAUUUAUGUAUAUAACUUGUUAACACAUGCUAUUUACUAGUUUAUUUUGUAAUUUUAUAACGUUGGGUAGCAAGCAUGGACGAGCGUUUUUUUGUUUUGUAUUUUUUUUAAUAAAUUUAUUAAACACUUUAA